CUGGCGCGAAAGCAUGCGGCGCGGGUCUCGUCGAGUACUUUCGUUCCGCGCGUUCGUAAGUUCACCUUCACAGUCUCUUCGUUGACGCGAGAAUGACAAAUUAAUUUUUCACAACGUUGAAAGUGUUGAUCGUCGAGGAGAACAUCGAUUUUUCUUCAAUUCUCUGAAAAUCGAUCUCACAAUCGUGUUUUUCAUUUCCUUAAAGAUCCCUGGGCGUAACUCGCGGAAACAAGCGUGAACGUGAGUGGAGUGUAGAGCGUGAGAAGAAACAUUAUUGCUCAUGGUCUGUUAGCUGAAUUCCUUCUUGCAACGACAGACUGAAUAAUCAACAGGAACAUCAGGACCACGUAGCAGACAUGAUCGAAUGAUGGAGGUGAUUUCGACACGCCGAUACGAGGCCCGUCCACCAACGAAUACCCAUUCCUCUAUUAUCGUUGACCCUGAGAACUCCGUGGCAUUAAUCAAAGAAGAAGAAUGGGAGACCCGCAAGAAAAAGGAGAUUACCACCACGCGGCAGAUCGAGACGAGGGUGAAGCGACAGGUUGUUCUCGAAGACGGAGAGGUCGUCGUCGACUCUGGACCCCUUGUCACCACAAACACAACCGAAGACGUCGAGCAACAGGAACAUACGACUCAGGAGAGACGCACGACCGGGGAUCAACCGCAGGAGGUCGACUGGCGGCCGGCGGCAGGUGGUACUGUGACCGGAAAUGGCGGUAAUAUCGUGCAAAAGGAGCUGAAUGAGACGGUGGUGAGGAGCCGCGAGGAGAUCGAGGAGAGACUUGAGACGGAGGAUCGUCAGCAGUUGGGAGAUAUCUCGGACGAGGCAUACCAGAAGGCGGUGCGUAACAAUAGGGGUGACUUACGAGUCGCUCUUGCCGAAUCCUCGAAACAAUUGUCGUCACAGUCUGGUCCACGGGUCAUCCAGCACACGACUAGGUCAAACAAAGUCAUCGACACCGAGAAGACCUUGGAGAAAAAGGAACUGAAGGCUGACGGAUUAAUCGUUACCGAGAAGAAGCGAACGGUCGAGCACGAAGAGAUUAAAGACGACGAGGUUCCGGACGACGGGAGGAACGACGACGACGCCUCUGAAACGAAGAAGGAAAGCUCGCAAAGGUAUAUCAAGAAAAGAGAAGAAGACGUAGUGGACUACAUCUCGGCCGGCGAGAGAGUCGGCCGAGAAAUGCGCUACGUUGCAGAGACAACCGAAGGAGAACGAAUAGGCGACUGGUCACCAUCACCGACGGGCAUGCGGACGACUCGUUUUCACAAAUAUCCCGGCUUCUCGGAUGCCGCUCGAAAAGAUGCCUUGACGAAAAAACCGUUGGACCUCGAGGAAGAGGACGAGGCGAGAAAAUUCGAAACAUCGAAGUGGUUGGAAAGCCAUUUCGGCAGCGAUUCGCGCUCUUCCCACGGAUCUCUUGAUGCCGAUGACUCUCCUCUUCCAACCAGCACUAACACGAGCUACAUCAAUGUCACAAUGAAAUCUUGCACGCCCAAGGAGCGCGAUUAUCAAAAUGUAAGUUUCAACCGCAAUCAGCGACGUGGUCGAGAGACGAAUUCGCCUUCAGGAUAUUUUCAUGGAAUUAGCGAAUGGUCGGAACGAUAUCAAGGAAAAGAGAAGCAAAAUCAUGCGCGAUCAAACUCUCCAGUUCGAUAUGUGGAAUCUUCACGUACCAACGGACAUGUCCACGGACAUAAGAGAAAUCAAGUUGAAUCAUCUUAUUCGAAAACUUACGAAUCGUUCCGACGUGAUUAUCAAGAUUCUGUCGAAGAACGACAACGUACACCUUCCCCACCGAUACGUCGAAGAUCGAAAGAACAAUGGGCAAAAUCUGAAGAAAAAAUCAGUUCGAACGAGCUCCCGUCAGGUCGUACUUCAAGUCCGGUACACGUGGUACAAAGAACUUGGGAGAGUCGUAAUCGCGACGUUCAAGCACAAACACCCGAACGCAAUUAUAGAAAUACCUCGCCACGAUCGCGAUCAAUCUCGCCGAAAUCGCCGAUAAAUAGUCGCGAAGAAAAAAAGUCAGAUAGUUCACGAGCAUCUAAGGGUCAUGGACCUAAGUAUAAAAUCGGCGAAUCCUUUCGGAAGCUGGUAGGCAAAUUACGUUCAGCUAGUACAGAGAGAAAGAAUAAACGGACGAGCGGUGGUUCUACCUCACAAUUGACGCAGACCGACGACAAUGGCCCGACCUAUUUACAAUACAACGUAAUCGACAGGAACAUUCCUUUCGUCAGCGAAAGGAACACGAUGGAGGACAAACCACCGGAAAGACCACCGCGAUCACCGCGAAACGCUAACACGUCGAGCAAAGUCACGAAGAUCAUCAGGACGUCUGAUCAUGGUAUCCAGGAAUGGCAACGUAGCGAAUCAACGCCACCACCCCUACAGAGGUAUUACUUGGGCGAGGAUCCUUUCGGCGGCAGUAUCUACGGACGUGAAAAAGGAUACGAGAACGACCGAGACCGGUUGCGACACGGAAGACCACGCGGCUGCGGUAAAAUUGCCGUAGAUUCCGAGCACAGCGUCGCCUCCAGCUCCCUCGGCAGAUUUAGCAAGUCCACUAGCAGACUGGUUAGCGAUCAAGAGAGGGAGGAGCACUUUCGGACCACCCAGACGUUACCGCGAAGCCUGCAUUCCACCGGUGGUGAACAGUCAGCUCGUUCUCAGACUAGACGAUACCAGGCACCGAACAUCGGCAGAUACGGCAAAAUGAGCCAACAUCACAGCAGCAUGAUCAACAUAUCGAUCAAGAACAUGUCGCCGAAAGUGAACGCGCCGCCUGUUUACAGUACUCUUCAGGCUCCGCCGAAACCCGAACGUACGUACAAGUCAUCGCUGUCACGCAGCAAAAGCUUUAAUGUCGAGGCUAGCAAGAAUGGCGUCGACGUACCAAUCCGUGUACCGUAUACCUCCAAUUUGCACCUUAAUCGCCUAGACGAAACGCCGCCGUUGAAGAGUCCUGGUAUUCUUGCCAGCAUUAGCCGUAGUAACAAAGAUUUAUUAAGAGACGGCAAAUAUUAAGGUCAGCGACGUAAUAAACUGUAUAUCCUUUCGGACGUUAUUACUAUCCUUCUUCGUGAAUAUAUUAUAAAUAAAAAUUUUAAUUUAUCUCAAAGCGAUAUAAAAAUUUAGAAAAAAACUACUACUGAUCUGAUAAAGUAAUGAAUUAUACAUUUGUAUUUUACAUCUAUUAUAGAUUCUGCUGCAUACGUGCUUUUAAUAUUCUUAUAUCUUUUUUUACUUCCUCUCUUUUGCUAUCAUUCAAAUCUCCCGCUUUUUUGUUUCCCUUUUAAUUGCAUAAAUUUUUUUCAUUUAUCUAAUUCUUAUCAAACCAUUGACUUCAUUACCAUAUUAUCACUUCAUUAUGUAUUUUAAUAUGGAAUUUUGUUGACGUAAGUAAUUGUAAUGAUUAUAAAUACACAACAUCCAGGAAGUUACUCAAGAAAUUGCAAGUGUUGCAAUUACAAUUUAUAACCGUUUUUACAGACUAUUUUCGCGUAGACAAAAUAAAUAUAAGUUCUACUGUAUGACAUAUACGUGUUCAUAAAUUAUUUAAUGUGAAUUAGAUCUAUCGAAGUCAAGAACGUAAAAGCUACGUUCUUAGAAAUUGAUUACAUAGAAUUAUUAAAGUAGAAUUGAUAACAAUCGCUAAAUCUUUUGAAAUAUUACAGAAUGUUUCUUAUAUCUUUAAUGUUUACGUACCACGUAUAUUUUCGACAUUUAAAUUACUGACAUUCUCAUAAAACAGAAUAUGUGAAGGUCCUUAACUAUUCUUGGUAUAUAAUGUACAGAAUGCUCUUCAUUACUGUAUAUUUCUUGUAUUUUAUCAAUAUUUUUUUCGGCAAUCUGAAGAAUUUUUUUCAUAAGCAAUCAUGUUAAUAAAAACGAUAAUCUUGAAAAAAAAAGCAUCAUAAAACAUUCUGUACAUCCAUUACCGCACAUAUUUUUUAUUAACAAAUGAAUAUAUGUACGAGUUUCAUAUAGAUGCGAUGUUAUUUAUAUUGUUCAUAUUGUUGAUUUACAAUAAUAUAAU